ACCGAGUUUUAUCAAUAAAAGGUAUAGGUUCCCUCAUAUGGUGGGGUGUAGCCUGAUCGAUAUUCGAUGAUCUACGGAAGUUACCGUUCAGAUUUAUUGUUGUGUACACGUUACUGUCUGCUAGUUGUUGUCGUGAACCCGUCAUGAGCGCAUCUCAAAUCAAAAUGCAAAAAAUGUUUGUCAGCUGUCUGUUUGUGCUCCUAUUAGCCGUUCAUAUCCGAUCCGAUGACCAUGGAGCGAAUGCAGUGUCAUACACAAAAGAUUUGUUUAAUAGUGCGGUUGAAAAAGACAAACUUUUUGUAAUGUUCUUCGCACCUUGGUGUGGACAUUGCAAGCGCUUGGCUCCGACUUGGGAUGAACUGGCUGUUAAGUACAACAUUGAAAAACGAGAAGUUACAAUUGGAAAGGUUGAUUGCACAGUUGAGACUGAAUUAUGUAGUGCUCACGGUGUGCGUGGCUACCCCACUGUGAAAUUCUUCAAUCUGAACAAAGAGGGCGAGAAAUAUGCGGACGCCCGAACCAUCGAGGCAUUCAGCAAGUUUAUUGAAGAGAGACUUGGCAAGGAGGAAGAAGUUAAGGAAGAAGAGAAGAAAGAAGAAGAAGUCGCAAAGGCCCCAGUUGCACAAGCUACGGCAGAAAACGGUCUCUAUGUGCUCACAGAUGCCAACUACGAUGCUCACAUCGCAACUGGCCACCAUUUCAUAAAGUUCUACGCGCCUUGGUGCGGACACUGCCAGAGGAUGGCCCCCACCUGGGAUGAACUGGCCAAGAAAGUUGGAACUGAUGGGAAAGUCAAAAUUGGAAAGGUGGACUGUACUCUGAAUUCUGCAACCUGUGGCAAGAAUGGUGUCAGAGGUUACCCAACACUGAUGUGGUUCACCAAUGGAGAAAAGAGUGAGGACUACCGCGGCGCGAGAGAGAUGGCAGACUUUGAGCAGUUUAUUGUGCGCCUCACAAGUGCAGAGGUGGAGGAAAAGAAACUGUCUCAGGACGGGGCUGUCCCCGCGCAGGCUGCCAAUGAUCAGGGUAUAGUGACCCUGACAGAUGAAGACUUUAAGGACUCCAUUUCUGAAGAUUUCACCCUCGUGCUCUUCUCCGAUGACCAGAAGCAUAUCACCAAACUCUUGGUUCCCAUCUUGAAUCGUGUGGCCCUUGAUUUCGUGGAGAAACCAGAAAUUCUCAUCGCCCAGGUCAACUGCGGAGAUAGUGUCAACCUCUGCACGUCCCAGGAUGCCAAGGGACCGUACCCAACCCUGCGCAUGUACCACAAUGGCGCUCUGCUUAGCAAUUACACAGGGGAGCAAACUGUGGCUGCCAUCACCAAGUACCUGGAUGGUCUUUUAGAAGAGCAGCGAAAGAAAGACGAGUUGUAAUUAUAGCAUAGGCAUAGGAUUUUUUUUGGUAAAGAUUAUUUUAGGAAUAACUUAUUUGAAGUUUUAUAUAACGGCUGUAUUUUCCUUAUUGAUCCAUGCAAUAAUGGCAUAGGCAUGUGAUUUUUGUUCUGUUUUUUUUGUGAAAGACAAUUUUAGGAUUAAAUUAUAAUGAGUUUAAUAAAAUUGCUAUAAUCCAUGUAUUUUGUGAACAAUUCAAGUAAAAUUUAAAAUAAAAAAAAUGAAUAUUAAAAAAAAAAUAUUUAAAUAUAGUUUAAAAAUUUUCAUAAACCACACAUUUUUACCUGUAAGUUAUCUUUUGGUCCAUGUAUUUUGUUAACAGUUAAGUCUGAUUUAAGUAGAUUUUAAAAAAAGAAUUGUUUUGUUUAAAAAAAAUUUGGUUCUGAUAUGGUUUCAAUUUUUUUUAAGCCAUGCAUGACAUACAUAACAUUAAAAUUAACAAAUAAUAAUCGCCUAGUGUUUAAGCGUAAAAUCAACAGUUUUUUGUGUAAGAUCAACCUUUUGACAAGGUGUAAAUAUGACUUGUCUUUUCAUUUACCUUUGAUAACAAUAUACAUAUAUUUUACAUAAUGUUUUCUUUAUGAGUGCUUUGUUCCAAUUAACAUGCAAAUGUAUUCAUGUACAAAUAAAAGAUUUAAUUAAUUUUAUUAUUAAAAAAUAUACUAUCAGUCACAAAUAAAGUGCUUUAUAAAUUAUUCUAUUGAGAAUACAAAUUUAUUUUGUAUUUUUAAUUUAUAACAAUUUAAAGAAAAGUUUACUUUUGCCUAUCUAUCUUAUGACAUAAGCUGUAAGGAAUAUAUACAAUUAAAACUGUUUUUUUUUUGUCAAGUGCCUUUAUGUAUUGUUUUAUUGCACAAAUAUGGGGGUUAAUAAAUAAUGGUAUGUAUAAGUGUAUUUCCUUGUCUUUUUGAUUUUUCCCCCUUUUUCAUAGAAUUUUGGGGUUUUAUUUUGUUGUGAAAGACAAUUAAAUUCAAUGUUUAUGACGAAUAUCACUUUUUAAACGUUAAAAUUGUGCGCGUUUUCUUUUGGGAUUCACUUGAGCCUUAUCUGGCAUCCUAUAUAACAAUUUGAAACAUAAUUUAGAACAAUUAAAACUUGUACAAGAAUAACUUUGUAUUGUAUCAAAGAUACAUCAUCUCUUAAACACAGAUGGAUGACAAAAAAUUAUUUUUUACAUUAAGAUAAAUUUCCUAUUAGAUACUUAUUUAUAAAGACAUAAUCUUAUAUUUUUUAAAUUAUUUUUUUCAGUGCAAUUUUAUUGUUUAUUAUGUAUUGUUGUUUACAUUAUAUUGGGAACAAAGGUGCUAUGUUGCCGCAUGUCACAUUUUAUAAUCUCUUCCGUAGAGUGCUUUGUCACUUGAUUUUACCAUCGAAGGUCAUUGUUACCAGGUAUUGAUACCAUACCAUUUACUGAAUACUGUAUAAAAAAAGAAACUCAAAAUGUGCUGAAACAAUUUUUAUGAAAGCACACUGUCACACAUAAAGUCUACGGUAAAAAAUACACAUUUAAGGGAAGUAAUAAGCUUUAAAGUGAGAUAAUUAUUCAAUAUUGAACAUAACCACUUUAUAUAUUUGGCAUGCAUGUGUAUCUCAUGGAGCUGCACAUUUUGACUGGUGAAUCUAGUGGCUUUUAAUUAUUUGCUACUAAAAAUAGAGAUUUGUUAGAGACAAUUAUUUUCAAGGGAAGUAAUUUAUAUAAUUAUAACUUAUACUUAUGUCCAUAGAUACAUGAUGAACUCUGGCUAUGAUCUCUUUGAUAAACCACAGGCCUUGGUUGUCAGUGAUGUCUGACUGGGUCAUUGGAUUGGACAAAAUCCAAGGGAAGUAAUAAGCUUUAAAGGAAGAUGAUUUCUAUACCUGCCAAAUGAUAAAUAGAAAUUUUAUUUCAAAGUGGCGCAGUAGGGGGCAGUGUGUUUCUGACAAACACAUCUCUUGUUGGGUCAAAGGUCAAGGUCACUGUGACCUCUAAAAAAAAUAUAAAAUUCUGACAAGCUUUCGCAGCCGAGCGUGGCACCCUUUAUGCGGUGCUCUUGUGUUCUGUAUAAUAACACAGGCAAAGUUCUUUAAUUACACUAACAGAUUAUACUGGAAUCUUGUUAAAUGUUAUACUAAGUAAAUAACGUUUCCACAUGACUUUAUAUGUGUCAGUGUAGCUCAAUUUAAUACUUGUAUCUAGUCGUUCUGUAAAUACAUUGGAUGUUGCACAAGGGUCAUGGACUCCAGGCAUCUGUGAUAUAGAAAUGUGUACAAAAUACCAGUAACCUUAUAUUGGUGGAACAAAAUUCAUCGCAAUAUAUGCCAGUGAUGUGCAAAUUCAAAUAAGAUCCACCUAUGAUAUUGUGCUUGUUCAAUGAGCGACUAUGGUACCUCACAUAUCUCAAAGUGGUAGAAAUAUGGAAAUUUUGGUGACGAACACUGUAAUAUUACAAUCAUAUUAAUUCAUAAUGUUUUGAUUGACUAUCAUGAAAAUCACAAAUUAGUGAUGAUUUCCGUUUUGUCAGCAGAUAUUGUUAUGAGUUAAAUCAUAGUAACAUAGAAAAACAAGAGUAAUAGGGCUAUGCAACAUUUGAACAUAAGUGUUAAUAAAAUAAAAGUGUGACAGAAGUUAACAAGUGUAUUUGGUGGAUCAUAUUUGAGCACAUUUUACUUGUUGCAAUACUGCUACAUUGUUACGAUUUCACUUAAUUGUUAUGUGUAUAGUACUAUUGCAUUUGAAUUCGAGAGAUUACCCAUAUUCAGGUUAUAAAGUGUUCAUUCUGCUAAGCGCAUAUUCCAGUUCAUGAUUUGAUGUUAAACGUAGUUUUAUUUUCACUUAUUAAUUAAUUCUUUAGUCUUUUUGGUAGUGUUCACUUUUGUAAACUAGACUCUUAAAUGUUGUACUUUUAAACAAUUUGACAGUCAUAAAUAUGUUUAAAGAAUAAAUUGCUUUCCCCAAUAAGUGAUGUGAAAUGAUGUAAAAAGUGUUAAAUGUACACAAGGCCAAGUUUUUUAUUGAUUGGACAUUUUUUUUUCAUUAUGAUUAACAAAGUGUUCAUAAGGUUAAGAUCCUUACAUUUUAAAUAGAUUAAUGGCUUACCUUACCAAACUGUGUUUAAGAUUAAUAAACCUCAUGCAUUGAUAAAGUAUAAAUCUAAACUUUGAUGACAAGAGGUUUUUACGAAAUAUUUUUAACUCUUUCUCACUCAGAAGCAAAAUAAAAAUGGCUAUAAAACCAGAACAGCCUGCGAGUAAGUCGCAGUCAGUUCAGGUUUAAUGCUGUUCGCUUCUCAUCAAUAUCAAAUGGUUGAAACUGAAACCUUUAAAUCUUGAAUCUAGUAAGAAAGGCCUUUAAUUAAAUUUAACUUUCUAAGGGAACUAUGUAAGAUGAUCAUAUCUUAAGCUGGAGUUUAAGGGGGAUAUUUCAUGCAGAUAAUAUAACAAUUUUGCUAGAGUCAUGGUAUGUUCUCGAGUUGUCAAUGCUCAUGUUAAAAGUGUUAUACUUUGCAUCCAAUAAACUUGUAAGUUUGAUUGGUUUUCAACAGUCCUAACAGCUUGUUCAUUUCAUAUUGCAUCUUUUUUCUUUUUUAGCUCAUCUAUUUUUUUGAAAAAAAAAAAUGAGCUAUUGUCAUCACCUUGGCGUCGGCGUACGGUUAAGUUUUGCGUUUAGGUCCACUUUUCUCAUAAAGUAUCAAUGCUAUUGCAUUCAAACUUGGUACACUUAGGUACUAUCAUGAGGGGACUGGGCAGGCAAAGUUAGAUAACUCUGGCGUGCAUUUUGACAGAAUUAUGUGCCCUUUUUAUACUUAGAAAAUUGAAAAUUUUGGUUAAGUUUUGUGUUUAGGUCCACUUUUCUCGUUAAGUAUCAAUGCAAUUGCAUUCAAACUUGGUACACUUACUUACUAUCAUGAGGGGACUGGGCAGGCAAAGUUAGAUAACUCUGUCAUGCAUUUUGACAGAAUUAUGUGCCCUUUUUAUACUUAGAAAAUAGAAAAUUUUGGUUAAGUUUUGUGUUUAGGUCCAUUUUAUUUCUUAAGUAUCAAAGCUAUUGCUUUCAUACUUGCAACACUUACUAACUAUCAUAAGGGGACUUUGCAGGCAAAGUUAUGUAACUGUGACUGGCAUUUUGACAGAAUUAUGUGCCCUUAAUAUACUUAGAAAAUUGAAAAUUUGGUUAAGUUUUGUGUUUAGGUCCACUUUAUUCCUAAAGUAUCAAAGCUAUUGCUUUCAUACUUGCAACACUUACUAACUAUCAUAAGGGGACUGUGCAGGCAAAGUUAUGUAACUCUGACUGGCAUUUUGACGGAAUUAUACUUAGAAAAUUGAAAUUUUGGUUAAGUUUUGUGUUUUGGUCCACUUUACCCCUAAAGUAUCAUAGAUAUUGCUUUCAUACUUGGAACACUCACAAACUAUCAUAAGGGGACAGUAAAGGACAAGUUGCAUAACUCUAGUUGUCAUUUUUACAGACUUAUGGCCCUUUUUUGACUUAGUAACUUUGAAUAUAUGGUUAAAUUUUGUGUUUAGAUCCACUUUACUUCUAAAGUAUCAAGGCUAUUGUUUUCAAACUUCAAAUACUUUCAUGCUAUCAUGAGGGUACUGUACCUGGCAAGUUGAAUUUUACCUUGACCUUUGAAUGACCUUGACUCUCAAGGUCAAAUUAUUAAAUUUUGCUAAAAUUGCCAUAACUUCUUUAUUCAUGAUUAGAUUUGAUUGAUACUUUGACAAAACAACACUUACUUGACAUACCACAGUAGACUCCACCCUAACCAUCCCCCACGCCCCCCCCCCCAAAUUUUUUUUUAAGAUCUCCUAUAUAUGACCACCACACCCUCACACUAUACCCCGCC